UUGCUUGUCAGGAUCGGAUGAGUAAGCCACUAGUUGGAACCGUUCCUUUCCUUUCCGCAUGCUCGGAACCACUGACGACAGAUCAUGAGUGCGCCAAACUCUUCUUCUACCUGAUGCCAGGCAGAAUACCCCCGUGUUCGCGAACAUGCCUCCGCCCUACUGAACCGCGUCUUCGGACCCAAUGCCUACGAUACUCGACCCAAAGCCCUCCAAGCAUCGGACCCAUUCUCAGCGAUGAAAAGUCCCACAGAAGCUUCUAUCUCCGAGAAGAUGGACCACCGCUUCCUCUCCCACCCUCUUUCGACCCGAUAAUUGUUUCAGCUCGCUCCAAAUGGAAACAGCCGAAGCAAAAGCCUCAUGUCGCCGAAUUCACUCCUUUCCAAAACAAACUUUGGGAAAACCCAUAUGCACACGCAUUAGCCACUCCAAUCCGCCAGUGCCGCGCGACUUCCGCUCUCCUCCCAGAGGCUCUCCUCACCACUCUCCACCCCCGCCCACACCCCGAUAAUCAAGCACCAUGGCUACUUCCCGUCUCCCUCACCACUUCCCAACGCUCCCUGGGAACCCCUUUCCGCUUUCUCUCCCACGAAUAUGUAGCCGCUCACCUUUCCAACUCGAAAAAGCACUGGGCUCGCAGCGUUUCAGUUCGGCUCCUCCAAAAAAUCAACCGCAAAACAUCAGACGCUUUGAUUUGGCGUGAAGACAUGGCCGACUUGAUCCUGGAUUUGCUCCAGAAGCGCCUCCAGGGGAAACUGAGAUGGUAUUUUAGCCAACCGGGACAGCUGAUACCCUGCGCGAGCCCACACGAAACGCAUACCAACACAAUCGACGACGUCUCUAGCAUCCUCUACCUUGGAUCGCUGAAAUCCUCCGUCGAUGACUUGCACGUGCGUCUCCGCAAAACCUCGCGCGAGCUGGAUAAGUGGGCAGAGUAUUUGACGGACUUGCUCAUAAAGGAACCGCACAAGCAACCUGGUGUCACGCACAAGCCGCCUGCCUGGUACGGCAAGCAGUCGAAACUGCUGCGUAUGAAGCCCCGCUUGCAGUUCCCACCGCUGGAGUACAACACUUCGCGCUGGAGGGGCCGUAAGGUCGCUGUGUACAGUCUAGUGGAUCUGCUGGGGGAGGAGAGAGCAAGGGAGUUGGUUGAGGGCGGGCCGUAUGAAGGGGAGACGUGCUUGGUGGUGAAGAGAGCGAGGCAUAACGUUUCCAUUGAAAUGCUGUUGAUGGAGCUGGCUAGCUAUCAUGCUAAGCCGGGGCCGUGA